GAAAAAAAUAAAUUAAAUUAAAUUAAAAAAGAAGAAGAAGAAGAAAAGAGAGAGAGAGGGAGAGAAUGGAUGCAAUGCAAGUCGCACUUCCUGUGUUGGGAAUCUUUGCAGCUGCUGCUGUUGUCUUCUACGCCGUCAGCUUCGCUGAGAUCAGAGAGAAAUCAUUUAGAGAGUUGGACGAAUCGGAUUCUGAAAGUGGUGGAUUCAAGUCCUCACUGAGCUCGAGAAAGCGACGAGCUAGAAGAAAAGCUGAAAAACAACAAGGAAGUAGAGAUUGACUCGACUUUGUUUCCUUUCUUUAUUUCUCUUGAAAAGAAAAAGCAAAAGCAACAAGCAUGCGAAUUUCACCUAAUAUGAUUUUUUAUU